UAUAAGCAGUAAACAAGCUGUGUAAUGGAUACAUAUAUAUAUAUGUAUAUAGUGUAUACCCACCUAGAAACAGGCCUAUGCUGAUAUUUGCUAGCCGGGAGACACAGGAGCAAGGAUUCACAGUUUGUCUCAGAAAUGGAGUCCGAUAAAGACCAUCAUGAGAGCGAUCAAGACUCAGAAGAACUGAUGGAAUCAAACAAAAACAACGAUAAAGAGAGAGGAGAGAAAGAACACUGGGCUUCGCAAAUAGAGUACCUUCUCUCCAUGAUCGGUUUCUGUGUUGCCCUUGGUAACGUGUGGCGAUUCCCCUAUAUCUGCAACAGGAACGGAGGAGGGGCGUUCUUGAUUCCCUUCGUCGUGUGUCUAGUGUUGUGUGGUCUGCCUCUGUACUUCCUUGAGGUGGCUCUGGGACAGUUUUCAGGAAGUAGUGCAACACAUGUAUGGAGUCUCUGCCCUCUGGUGAAAGGGCUUGGUGGUGGGAUGCUGAUCUUCUGUUCCGGGUUUUUGAUUUACUCCACAGUCAUCUGUGCAUGGUCUUUGUACUAUGCAUUCUACUCCCUGAGGACUGUCCUACCAUGGACGUCCUGUACCAACCCGUGGAACACCGACGCAUGUGUGACAAGUGUGAAACACCUGAACCAAGUAUUCAGUGGAGUUGCAAACACAUCCAGCCAGUUCAGUCAAUCGGACAACAAUACCAUCUCCAACACAUCCUUUGUCAUUGAAGGUUGGAAAAACGGAUCUGUUACUGCAGCAGAAGAAUUUUGGCAAUACAAAGCGCUUGCCAUAACGAGGGGUCUGGAGUAUCUCGGCCCAAUCAAAAUGGAGUUAGCACUUUGUCUACUUGCGUCGUGGGUUGUCGUCUUUCUAUGCAUUGUCAAAGGUGUUCGGUCUGUUGGAAAGGCUGUCUAUGUGACAGCUACAUUGCCCUACGUCAUCCUGAUUGUUCUGUUGGUACGUGGCCUGACUCUCCCUGGAGGAACAGAUGGAGCUCUCUUUUACAUCACUCCAAACUUCAGUAAACUUCUGGACAUACAGGUGUGGCUUGAGGCGUGUCUCCAGGUGUUCUACUCCCUGGGUCCGGCCUGGGGUUGUAUCAUAACCAUGUCGAGUUACAACAAAUUCAAUACAAACUGUCUCAGGAAUGCUGUACUUUGCACAUUUGUGUGUGAAGGAACCAGCAUGUUUGCUGGUCUUGUAAUCUUCUCAAUUCUUGGAUUCAUGGCACAUGAAGCUGAUGUACCGAUAAUGGAUGUCGUUUCAUCAGGACCUGGAUUGGGCUUUGUGAUCUACCCAGAAGUCCUUGCACAACUCCCGCUUCCUCAGCUGUGGAGUUUCAUCUUCUUUAUCAUGCUCAUCAUGCUGGCACUGGAUUCCAUUUUCUCUGCAGCUGAAACUGUGAUAACCGCUAUCGUAGAUGAGUUCCGUUUCUUGUUGAAGUGGAGAAUGUUGGUGACAGCCGUCUAUUGUUCAGUGUCCUUCCUAGCUGGCCUUGUUUUGACGACUGAGGGAGGUGUAUACGUUUUUCAGUUAUUAGACUGGUACCUCUUCUCUAUUUUCCUCAUAUUCUGUGGUUUUAUGGAGUGUGUAGUAGUUUCCUGGAUCUAUGGUGUGGAUCGCUUCAGCGAUGACAUUCAGAUGAUGAUUGGCAGACCAGCGCCUCUGUUCUUCAAGAUCACGUGGUGUUAUGUUACACCAGCCAUGCUCCUGACAACCCUAAUUGUCACCUUGACUCAGUACAAACCUCCAACAUAUGGGAAGUAUGUCUUCCCGGACUACGCUUCAGCCAUUGGUUGGUGUAUAGCAGCCAUACCAAUGAUGCCAGUCUGCUUGAUGAUGGUUGUCGCUAUUGCCCAGGGAAAGGGGGACAUUCGGCAGAGGAUAAAGACGUCCUUAGAACCAGAUGCAGCAUGGGGACCCAGUAAUGCCCAUUAUCGCACGUGUUACUUAAAGAAACGAAAACGACCCAAGUCACUGAAACGCGUCUUUAUUUCUUCAGUGUCAUGUCGAUCGUAGACGGAUAGAGUAUUGAGAAGAUACUGUUCUUAAGAUUACGAAUUAGAAGGUGAAUUUUACAUGAACAAAUGUUCAAAAUCGUAAACUCAAACGUAAGGUAAUGCCAGCCAGUGUCCAAAUUGUCACAUAUUACCUAGUUUUAAAAUUAUUCCUGUACGCAUUCUUUCUUACAUGCCUUUCUCCAAAAUUAUAUGAUCAUCUUAGAUAAUAUCUUUGAGUUGAAGUGCCAGUAUUUUAUGACAUUUUAUACCAUUAUCUCAUGUAUCAAAUAUAAUUUGACUUUAACUCCCAAAUGAA